UUCACAGGCCAAUAAACUGAGUCCAGUUCCUUAACGCUACAGGCCAGGCUGUGAAAUAACAAAGACCUGGUAGAGUUUACUGAGGUCUGGGCUUACUUUUUCCCAAGGAGCAUAAAAGAUCAUGUUGGAGCUGGUUGGGGUCCAGGGCUGUGGGAUGGGUGUGGCUAGGUCCCAAGCUAACUUGCUUUUGUGUUCUUUAGUUAUGUUAAUUAUUUCUGUUGUCUUUUUUUGUAUUACUUUACUUUAGACGUUUAGUGCUUGAUUCGUAUGCAGCAAAGGGACUUUUCCCCAAUCUGUUUGGUAUUUAUGAUGCUUAUUUUACACUAACAGGCACCUUAUUUAGUUUAGGAUAGUUUUCAUUUAUGAUUUUAUUGGAAAUGUUUUCUAGACAUUUAUGCUGAUUGAUCUUCUUCAUGCUAAUCCUCACCCUUUUAUUCUCCUUCUGAGGUGUUCCCUGUGGCUGUGCAGCUUGAAUGGUUCUCUGUGACCUGCUCUGAGCUCUGCUGUUGUGUGCUGUGAGAGGACUUCAGGGAAGCUCUGAAAUCCACACAUGGGAGCAGUGACUUUUGAUGAUGUGCAAGUGAACUUCACUGAGGAAGAGAGGGAAUCGUUGGAUCCAUCCCAGAAGAAUCUCUACAAAAAUGUGAUGUUGGCGACCUUCCUGAACCUCAAAGCUCUAGGCUCUAAUUGGGAAGACCAUGAUAUUGAAGAACAUUUUGAAAAUUCUAGAAGAUUUAAAAGAAAAAUUGCUAUGGAGCAGAUGAGAAAGGGAAGGCUACCUAUGGUUCUGAGACUAUCUGUCUCUGUUUACAUGCACAGUGGACAACACAUCCACACUUCAACUCAACCAAUGACAUGGAUGUGGUAUGUGUGUGCGUGUAGAUGCCUGUGUGUAGAGGAGAACAUGUAUGUAGGAGUACAUGUGGAGGCCAGAGAACAACCUCAGGUGACACAGCGUGACUGCUGUUCACCUCCUUUGAACAGGGUCCCUUGAUGCCUGGGCCUCACUAUUUGGUUAGACUUGCUGGCCUGCAAAUGCACUCAUCCUUCUGUCUCCACUUCUGCCACGAUGCUCAGCAUUUUUCACAUGAAUUCUGGAGAUAGAACUCAAGUCCCUGAGACUGUGAGCAAGCACUUCACCCACUGCACCAUCUUCCCAGCCCCUGGUGAGCUGUCUUUGCUUCAACGCCCGCAUCUGUAUUAGAUGCUUUUCCUAGACCUCGUACUCUAUUUAUUUGUCUCUUUUCAUUUCUUUACUGUUAAAGUUCGCAUCCAUAAGUCAAUCAGAAUGACAUUUCUAACAUAUGCUUGCUUUGAUCCCAUGUCCUUAGCUCUUCUAGCAACAAUACAAAUCUC